CGGACACACUGCGCCAGGUACCGCGGGGCAAGGGCUGGGGGAGGAUCCACGCCCCGGAUCGGGGCUCCUCCAGCCGCGGGUGGGAGUGGGGGGUCUGCGGCCCCCGCCCCCCUCUUUGUCCUCUCCCCCCUCCAGGGCUGCGAGGCUUUUGGGGAACUCCCCCCCCCGCCCCCCGCCAGGCGUCUGCCGGAUCAGCUGCGGACACACCAUGCCCCACAACAGCCUGCGCUCAGGCCACGGAGGGCUGAACCAGCUGGGUGGAGCCUUUGUGAAUGGGCGCCCGCUGCCUGCUGGUGUGCGCCAGCGCAUUGUGGACCUGGCCCACCAGGGGGUGAGGCCCUGUGACAUCUCCCGGCAGCUGCGUGUCAGCCACGGCUGCGUCAGCAAGAUCCUGGGCAGGUACUACGAGACCGGCAGCAUCCGGCCGGGCGUGAUUGGGGGCUCCAAGCCCAAGGUGGCGACGCCACGGGUGGUGGAGAAGAUUGGAGACUACAAGCGCCACAACCCCACCAUGUUCGCCUGGGAGAUCCGUGACCGGCUGUUGGCCGAGGGCGUGUGCGAUGGCGACACCGUGCCCAGCGUCAGCUCCAUCAACCGUAUCAUCCGCACCAAGGUCCAGCAGCCAUUCAACCUCCCCAUGGAGAACUGCACCAUCGCCAAGGCCCUGAGUCCUGGCCACAGCCUCAUUCCCAGCUCGGCCGUGACCCCCCCAGAGUCACCCCCCUCGGAUGCUGGCUACUCCAUCACUGGCCUGCUGGGCCUCAGCACCCCCAGCCAGCGCAAGCCUGAGCCCCCGGGAUGGGGCGAGGAGGAGGGCUGCAGGCUGGGCCUGGGCCCCCCAGGAGGGGGCACUAACCCCCACAAGCCCCCAUGCCCUGAAGCCCUGGUGCCACCUCCUCUAGAGCCCCCAGCCUGUGGCUUCCAGCGGCCCCCGGCCCCUGAGCCAUACGCCAGCCCUGCACACCCCAAGGCCCAGCAGGGCCUGUACCCGCUGCCCCUGCUCAGCAGCCCCCUGGAGGACAGCCGUGCCCCCCCCAGUCCUGCUGCUGCCCCCCCAACCUAUGGCCCUGGGCGUGAGCUGGGGGGCCCCACCCUGCCCGGGUACCCACCCCCCAUGCCCAGCAGCGGCCAGGGCAGUUUGGCCCCCGCCAUCGCCGCCAUGGUGGCAGGCAGUGAGUACCCCGCUGGUGCCUACAGCCACCCGCCCUACAGCUACAGUGAGGCCUGGCGCUUCCCUGGGCCUGGCCUGCUUGGCUCCCCGUACUACUACAGCUCAGCUGCCCGUGCCCCUGCGCCCCCGCCUGCCACCGCUUAUGACCAGCUGUAGCACUUGGAGCUGCGCUGCUGGGGGGCCCAGAAGACUGGCGGCGUCAGGGCUGGGAGCCCGGACACCUGGGUUCUCUCCUUGUGGUGGCAGGGUGAGAAGGGGAAACUGAGGCACAGAGGAUGCGAACCCAGGUGUCCUGCCCCUCCCAACCCCAUGCUGGAGCCCCGCCCCCUUCUGUCCCAGGGCGGGGCUUGGCUGGCCCUGCCCCCAAGAGUAUGGGAUGCUCAAUAAAGGCUUUUUCCCU